GUGAAUCCAUCGGUUAGUUUAUUGAGAAGCGAUGAAAACAAACAAUAUUUAAAAACGUUCACGUACCCAACGAGCUCGUAUUUGAAUGCAAACGCGUUUACGUAAUAGAACUAAUUACGGCCGAGGCUCGCUACUAAAUAAAUAAGCAGUGACUUUUGAUAAAAAAAAAUAAAAAUAAGAGGAAAAACGAAAAAUCGAAAAUGUUAAAUUUAGUGUUUUCGUUAUCAGUGCUUUUAAUUCUGACCAGUGUUUUGUGCCAACAUCCUCCUGUUACCCAGUUUAGGGUGAUUAGGCAAUGGAAGUAUUUUAAUUUCACGUGGCCAGACGAAAGCACCUACAUCAAAGCCGUGGAACAACAUCAUUAUAGCCCCAAAAAUAUUAUUUUGAAGCGAUUAAGAUACUACGAUGGCUGGUACUAUCUAACCCUUCCCAGAAUGAAGUCUGGUACACCGGCAACUCUGGUGAAAAUUCCUGAAAGUUUGAAGAGGGGUACUGCGCCCCCUCUUGAGCCGUUCCCAUCAUGGCAAAUGAAUGUCGAGGGUAAUUGUGAAGCAUUACAAAACGUCCAGAGUAUUGAAAUAGACGACAAAGGAUUAAUGUGGAUUGUCGACUUGGGAGUUACAUCGGUCGUCGAAAAGGAACCUAACACAACGUGCCCUUCCAAACUUGUGAUUUAUGAUAUCAAUAAGCAAAAAGUUGUCGUUUCGUAUGUAUUCCCGGAUGAUGUCGUUGACGUUGAAGGUUAUCUGUACGAUAUCGUCGUGGACGGAAAUUUCGCCUAUAUAACGGACAAUAGCGCCGAUAGUCCAGGAAUAGUUGUAUAUUCCAUGAAAGACAACGAUUCAUGGAAAAUAAGCCAUCCGAAAUCGAUGAGCGCCGAACCAAACGCUCAAGAAUUUCGACUUAAUGGAGUGGUAAUAUCGCAACCCAUCAACAUAGCCCCGAUAGCCUUAGGGCCAAGGUUACGUGUUUCGAACGGUAGAGUUAUCCUCAGUGACGACAGAGACGUCUAUUACAGUCCUUUCUCUAGUUUUCAUUUGUACUCAAUCACCACGGACAUACUGCGUAACAAAAAUAACCAUGGCAAUUUUGAUGGGGUCAUUAGGGACUGGGGACAGAAAGCUUCUCAAACUGAUAGUAUGAUAAUGGAUAAUCAGGGAAUUCUUUAUUACAGUCUUCUGACCGAUAACAGCAUUGGCCUUUGGGAUUCUAAAACACCAUUCACUUCUGCACAAAGGGUUGUUGCAAGGGAUAACAAUUACAUACAAUGGUUAAGUUCGUUCUCUUUUGAUAAUCGUGGAAAUUUAACCGUGGCAUCAACGAGGAUGCAGAAUUUAAUAGCUUACGGGGAAUUCAACAUUACCCAAAACAACUUUUGGAUCUUAUCUGCUCAUAGUGGAGGUAGGAGUUACGUUUAUGAUUUCAACGAAUAUCAACCUUUACCAACGACUUCUCCGGAUUAUGAUGGAACUUCUGACAAUGGAAGUUUGGAAGUAAAUCCGACUGUUUCAAGAACACCUUCGACCACUGUAUCAAGUACCAUUGCCAAUUUUAGUACUACGGUUGUGAUUACUACCUCCACUAGUAGUUCUACCAACUCACCUUUGGAUCACCCUGAUGAUUAUAGUAAUAUGGUUCAAUCUAGUGGCAGCCAAGGGGGAUUGAAAAUAUUUUGGGGAUGUGUCUCGCUAGUGCUGUUUGGUUACUACACAAAUUGGUAAAAGUUUUAUUGUCGUUGUGAUAUUUUUAUGAGACUUGUAAAUAUUCCUAUCAGUAGAAUUAUUUAUUAGUUUAAAUUUGAUCGAUUGAAAUUAGAAAGCUUUCUUUAUUUCUUCCUUACCUUCAAUAUUACCUACAUCUACUUAGUACCUACCUACAAUAUUUGUAACAUUAUAAAGACUUUGUUAUAGAUUAGAUAAUAGUAUGAGAUAUUAUUUAAUAAAAAUGAGAAUAUGAUUUAUUCCGUAAAACUAGUAUAAUUUGAGUAUAUUUUUUGUUGUGUUGUUCAGCAAGGCGAUUUAAUAAAUAUGUAUGAAUAUUUGAAUAUUGACCAAAGUACAACAAAAGGAUAAUUAAUUGUAUAAAUGCUGUUUUUUUUGUAUUUAGCAUUUAUAAUUUACUGUAAUUUGCUGAUGUAAUUUCAAGGGAACAGUUGCAAUAAAAUUUUAAAGAGUU